GCAGCAUUCGUCUCUUUCACUGGGCACUGAUCUGGGCUAACCUCUUCAGCUUUUUGCAUGUGCUGGAGAAUCCAGGUGUCUCUAGAGUCGCCUGUGUCACCCUGUGACCUGCAGGUGCCGGGAGAUUUGUAGGGAGGACACCGGGACAUCCCGGAAGCUGGGAAAUGGAACUGUUGACAUUCAGAGAUGUGUCUAUAGAAUUCUCUAUGGAUGAGUGGGACUGCCUGGACCCUGCUCAGCAGAUUUUGUAUCGGGAUGUCAUGUUGGAGACCUACAGACACCUGGUCUUCCUUGGGCUUGCUGUCUCUAAGCCGGACCUCAUCACCUGUCUGGAAAAAAGGAAAGAACCCUGGAUGGUGAAGACUCACCAAACAGUGGUCAAGCAUCCAGUUAUAUCUAAUCAUUCUACCCAGAGCAACUCACAAGUGCUGGGUGUAAAUAUUCUAUUACCAGAGAUAAUCCAGAGAAGAUAUGAAAAUGAUAGCCCUGAGAAUUUCAACUCAAUAAAAGACUGGGAUAGAGUGUGUGAGUAUAACCAGCAGAAAGUAUGUUGCAAUGGACUAGAUGGCAGUUUAACAGCUUUGCAUGGUAAAACCUAUGAAGGCAGUAAACGUUUCAAAGUUGUCAGAAAAUUAUCAAAUGUAAAUAGACAUAAGAUGAUAUAUACCAGGGAAAUAACAUUGGAAUGUAAAAAAUAUGGGAAAGACUUACAACUAUGCUCAAAUGUUGGUAAACAUAAGAUAACCCAAUUUGUGAGAAAGCAGUGCAAAUGUAAGGAAUGUUGCAAAGUCUUUAAAUCUUGCUCAAGACUGUCUAAGCACAAGGGACUUCAUACUGGAGAGAAAAUCUCCCAUUGUGAGAAUGAUGACAAGUCUUUUAGCCACAGAUCAAAAUAUUCCAACCAUAAGACAAAUUAUAAUAAAGAGAAACCAUACAAAUGUAAACAGUGUAACAAAUCCUUUAACCAUUACUUAUCCCUUUCUGUACAUAAAAGAAUUCAUUCUGGAGAGAAACCCUACAAAUGUGAAGAAUGUGGAAAAGCCUUUAACUGGUACUCAAACGUUUCUGCACAUAAAAGAAUUCACUCUGGGGAAAAACCCUAUAAAUGUGACGAAUGUGCAAAAGCCUUUAAGGAUUUCUCAGUCCUUUCUGUACAUAAAAGAAUUCAUUCUGGAGAGAAACCCUACAAAUGUGAAGAAUGUGGCAAAGCCUUUAACCAGUACUCAAACUUUUCUAUACAUAAGAGAAUUCAUUCUGGAGAGAAACCCUACAAAUGUGAAGAAUGUGACAAAGCCUUUAACCAGUACUCACACCUUUCUGCACAUAAAAGAGUUCAUUCUGGGGAGAAACCCUACAAAUGUGAAGAAUGUGGCAAAUCCUUUAAGGAUUCCUCAACCCUUUCUGUACAUAAAAGAAUUCAUUCUGGAGAGAAACCCUAUAAAUGUGAAGAAUGUGGCAAAGCCUUUAACCGGUACUCAAACUUUUCUGUGCAUAAAAGAAUUCACUCUGGGGAAAAACCCUACAAAUGUGAAGAAUGUGGCAAAGCCUUUAAGGAUCCCUCAACCCUUUCUGCACAUAAAAGAAUACAUUCUGGUGACAAACCCUACAAAUGUGAAGAAUGUGGAAAAGCCUUUAACCACUUCUCAUCCCUUUCUGUACAUAAAAGAAUUCAUUCUGGAGAGAAACCCUUCAAAUGUAAAGAAUGUGGAAAAGCCUUUAACAGGUACUCAAGCUUUUCUGUACAUAAAAGAAUUCACUCUGGGGAGAAACCCUACAAAUGUGAAGAAUGUGGAAAAGCCUUUAAGGUUUCUUCAACCCUUUCUGUACAUAAAAUUAUUCAUAGUGGAGAGAAACCCUACAAAUGUGAAGAAUGUGGCAAAGCCUUUAAAAAUUCUUCAACCCUUUCUGUACAUAAAAGAAUUCAUUCUGAAGAGAAACCCUACAAAUGUGAAGAAUGUGGCAAAGCCUUUAAGGAUUCCUCAACCCUUUCUGUACAUAAAAGAAUUCAUUCUGGAGAGAAACCCUACAAAUGUGAAGAAUGUGGAAAAGCCUUUAACUGGUACUCAAACUUUUCUGUACAUAAAAGAAUUCACUCUGGGGAGAAACCCUACAAAUGUGAAGAAUGUGAAAAAGCCUUUAAGGAUUUCUCAGUCCUUUCUGUACAUAAAAGAAUUCAUUCUGGAGAGAAACCCUACAAAUGUGAAGAAUGUGGCAAAGCCUUUAACCAGUACUCAAACCUUUCUAUACAUAAAAGAAUUCAUUCUGGAGAGAAACCCUACAAAUGUGAAGAAUGUGACAAAGCCUUUAACCAGUACUCACACCUUUCUGCACAUAAAAGAAUUCAUUCUGGGGAGAAACCCUACAAAUGUGAAGAAUGUGGCAAAUCCUUUAAGGAUUCCUCAACCCUUUCUGUACAUAAAAGAAUUCAUUCUGGAGAGAAACCCUAUAAAUGUGAAGAAUGUGGCAAAGCCUUUAACCGGUCCUCAACCCUUACUGUACAUAAAAGAAUUCAUUCUGUGUAGAAACCCCAUGAAUGGCAACAAUGUGGCAAAGCCUUUAACCAGUACUCACACCUUUCUGUAUAUAACAAAAACUCAUUCUGGAGAGAAGCGUUACAAAUACCUCAGGGUCAAAACAGCCUGUACAUUAAAAAUAAUGAG